AUGCAGCUCGCUCAUUGCAUCGCAUCGCUGGCCAUUGUCUUGGCCUUGGUUGUAGGCAAAGUCUCAGCCGACCCUGGAGCAGCUUGGGCAGCCGACAAGUACAGAAACUCUACCAUCAAAGAUCUUCGCAGUGAGUGCUUCCUUCACUUUUAGAGCGAUGCGCGAAGGAUGGCCUUCACGUACGCGAAGACAGAAUGGGCCCCCCCGUCAACUCCACCUGACGUCGACUUCUCUGUAGAACUGCAGCACUUCGGUAUAGCCGACGGGGAUGCCAAGAUCGUAUGGCAGUACAGCUGCGCCAAAGCUCUCAAGAACAUCAAGGAUGGCUUGGCUUUCGCAAACCACUACAAGACGAGCCAUACGGAUCGUGCCGAUCAGCCCGCCGCUGGUUAUGGCCUGGCAGUCUGCAAUGUCAAUCAUCAGCUCGGUGGUGAUAAUGGCAUGUGAGUGGCUUCAAAAGACUAGCCAUAGAGUGAUGAUUUUGGUAGAAUGAGCUGAUUGGCCGGUGCACUUCCAACGAUGACUUGCGUGCAAAUUUGAAGCGCCUCGGAAGACAUCACGCUUCCGGUCGCCAAGAAAUUGGGUUGGGGUAUCGACGACGAUUGGAAUUAG